CAACCCGGGCCCUACCUGCGGCCGUCGUCGUCGGGGGAGGGGGGUCCCUCUGCGGAGCCGCAUGAACAAUAGGCGGCGGCGGCUCCUGCGGGCGGCGGCAGCCCCGCACCCUAUGGAUCGGCCGCUCCAUGGAGCCCUCCAGAGCGCUUCUCGGCUGCCUGGCGAGCGCCGCCGCUGCCGCCCCGCCGGGAGAGGACGGCGCGGGGGCCGAGGAGGAGGAAGAAGAGGAGGAGGAAGCGGCGGCGGUGGUGGCGGCGGCCCCCGGGGAGCUGGGUUCGGACCCUCCGCUGCCUUACUGGACGGCAGUGUUCGAGUACGAGGCGGCGGGCGAGGACGAGCUGACCCUGCGGCUGGGCGACGUGGUGGAGGUGCUCUCCAAGGACUCGCAGGUGUCCGGCGACGAGGGCUGGUGGACCGGGCAGCUGAACCAGCGGGUGGGCAUCUUUCCCAGCAACUACGUGACCCCGCGCAGCGCCUUCUCCAGCCGCUGCCAGCCCGGCGGCGAGGACCCCGGUUGUUAUCCGCCUAUUCAGUUGUUAGAGAUUGACUUUGCGGAGCUGACUCUGGAAGAGAUCAUUGGCAUUGGGGGCUUCGGAAAGGUCUACCGUGCCUUCUGGAUCGGGGAUGAGGUGGCCGUGAAGGCUGCUCGCCACGACCCCGAUGAGGACAUCAGCCAGACCAUAGAGAACGUCCGUCAGGAGGCCAAGCUCUUCGCCAUGCUGAAGCACCCCAACAUCAUCGCCCUCAGGGGGGUGUGUCUGAAGGAACCCAACCUCUGCCUGGUGAUGGAGUUUGCCCGUGGAGGGCCUCUGAAUAGGGUGUUGUCUGGGAAGAGGAUUCCCCCGGACAUCCUGGUGAACUGGGCUGUGCAGAUCGCCAGAGGAAUGAACUACUUACACGACGAGGCCAUCGUCCCCAUCAUCCACCGAGACCUUAAGUCCAGCAACAUAUUGAUCCUUCAGAAGGUGGAAAAUGGAGACCUGAGCAACAAGAUUCUGAAGAUCACGGACUUUGGUCUGGCUCGGGAAUGGCACCGAACCACGAAGAUGAGUGCGGCAGGGACCUACGCUUGGAUGGCUCCAGAAGUCAUUCGCGCCUCCAUGUUUUCCAAAGGCAGUGACGUGUGGAGCUAUGGGGUGCUGCUUUGGGAGCUGCUGACCGGUGAGGUACCCUUCCGAGGCAUCGAUGGCUUGGCAGUGGCCUAUGGAGUGGCCAUGAACAAACUUGCUCUUCCUAUUCCUUCGACAUGCCCAGAGCCUUUCGCCAGGCUCAUGGAAGACUGCUGGAACCCCGAUCCCCAUUCACGACCAUCUUUCACAAGCAUCCUGGACCAGCUGACUACCAUCGAGGAGUCUGGUUUCUUUGAAAUGCCCAAGGACUCCUUCCACUGCCUGCAGGAUGACUGGAAACAUGAGAUCCAGGAGAUGUUUGACCAACUCAGGGCCAAAGAAAAGGAACUCCGCACCUGGGAGGAGGAACUGACGCGGGCAGCGCUCCAGCAGAAGAACCAGGAGGAGCUGCUGCGGCGGCGUGAGCAGGAGCUGGCCGAGCGGGAGAUCGACAUCCUGGAGCGGGAGCUCCACAUCAUCAUCCACCAGCUGUGCCAGGAGAAGCCCCGAGUGAAGAAACGCAAGGGCAAGUUCAGGAAGAGCCGGCUGAAGCUCAAGGAUGGCAACCGCAUCAGCCUGCCCUCUGAUUUCCAGCACAAGUUCACGGUGCAGGCCUCCCCCACCAUGGACAAAAGGAAAAGUCUUAUCAGCAGGCGCUCCAGUCCUCCCGCCAGCCCCACCAUCAUCCCUCGCCUUCGAGCCAUCCAGUUGACACCGGGCGAAAGCAGCAAGACCUGGGGCCGGAGCUCGGUUAUGCCAAAGGAGGAAGGGGAGGAGGAAGAGAAGAGGGCCCCCAAAAAGAAGGGACGGACGUGGGGGCCAGGGACGCUGGGUCAGAAAGAGCUUGCCUCAGGAGAUGAAGGAUCCCCCCAGAGACGUGAGAAAACUAAUGGCUUAAGUACCCCAUCAGAGUCUCCACAUUUCCACUUGGGCCUCAAAUCACUGGUAGACGGAUGCAAGCAGUGGUCGUCCAGUGCCCCCAACCUGGGGAAAGGCCCAAAGGGUAGCCCAGCCCUACCAGGGUUCACCAGCCUUAUGGAGAUGGCCUUGGAGCUUGCAUUUUCCUUUUGGAUCAUUCCUCAUGCACAAAAGGAUGAGGACAUCGAAGGCUUGCAGAGCACAGAGGGUCAUCUGCAGCAUUCACCCAACCAGUCCUACCUCUGUAUCCCAUUUCCUCGCGGCGAGGAUGGGGACGGCCCCUCCAGCGACGGAGGCCACGAGGAGCCCACCCCAGUGAACUCAGCCACCAGUACCCCUCAGCUGACCCCAACCAACAGCCUCAAGCGGGGCGGUGCUCACCACCGCCGCUGUGAGGUGGCCUUGCUUGGCUGUGCAGCUGUGCUUGCGGCCACAGGCCUCGGGUUCGACUUGCUGGAGGCUGGCAAGUGCCAGCUGCUUCCCCCGGAGGAACCCGAGCCACCAGCCCGGGAAGAGAAAAAGAGGCGUGAAGGCCUUUUUCAGCGGGCCGGCCGGCCCCGUCGGAGCACCAGUCCCCCAUCCCGGAAGCUCUUCAAGAAGGAGGAGCCCACACUGCUGCUGGGAGACCCCUCGGCCUCACUGACACUGCUUUCGCUCUCCUCCAUCUCCGAGUGCAACUCCACCCGCUCCCUGCUGCGCUCCGACAGCGACGAGAUCGUAGUGUAUGAGAUGCCAGUCAGCCCGGCUGAAGCCCCACCCGGGACCCCCUGCACCCACAACCCCCUGGUCAACGUGCGAGUGGAGCGCUUCAAGCAAGACCCUCACCAGUCCCUGACUCCCACCCACGUCACCCUCACGGCCCCUGCGCAGCCGAGCAGUCACCGGCGGACUCCCUCAGAUGGGGCCCUCAAGCCAGAGGCUGUCCUAGCCAGCAGGAGCCCAUCCCGCAAUGGCUUGGGCCCCAACCCCAACACAGGAAUGUUGAAAACCCCCAGUCCCAGUCGAGACCCCGGCGAAUUCCCCCGUCUCCCUGACCCCAGUGUGGUCUUUCCCCCAACCCCGAGGCGGUGGAGCUCCCAGCAGGACUCUACCUUGGAGAGACCCAAGACCCUGGACUUCCUGCCCCGGCCACGUCCUUCUGCCAACCGGCAGCGGCUGGACCCCUGGUGGUUUGUGUCCCCCAGUCAUGCCCGAAGCGCCUCUCCUGCCAACAGCUCCAGCACAGAGACACCCAGCAACCUGGACUCAUGCUUUGCUAGCAGCAGCAGCACUGUGGAGGAGCGGCCCGGAUUGCCAGCCCUGCUCCCCUUCCAGGCAGGGCCGUUGCCCCCAGGCGAGCGGACACUCCUGGACCUGGACGCAGAGGGGCAGAGUCAGGAUAGCACUGUGCCGCUGUGCAGAGCAGAGCUGAACACGCACAGGCCUGCCCCUUAUGAGAUCCAGCAAGAGUUCUGGUCUUAGCGCGAUGAGGGUGGGGGGGCAUGUGAUGUGGGAAGCCAGAGGCAAUGGGGGAAUUGGAGGCUACCGGGGGUGCUGGCUGCACAGCCCUUUGAAUCUUACUUCUUGCACUGUUAAUGCACUUUGAAGAUGGAAAGGGUGGAUACAGGGCCACUUCAGAGUUUCUGCCCCUGUAGGGGCUUUCUGCCCUUGCCUAGGAGAACAACUAUGGACAUGAGCUCUGGCUGUGUAGGGAAAGAUGGGGUGCCUAUGUGCACCUCCAACCCCCCACAGUCUUCCUCGCCUUGAGGGUGACCCUGAAGAGUCACCCAGCCAAAUCUGUCUGCUCCUCUUGCUCCUUGGUCGGUGGGAUGUGCCCAGAGCUGUCUAGGGCCCGCCUCAGCCCGGAGUCUAGCCGUCCCAGACUCUGGGGUUGGAUGUUCUGGGAUUGAUUUUGUCCUUUUUACCCUCUCCCCCAACACCCCUGAGUAGGAAUCUUGUCUGAUGUGAGUUCUAAGUUCCCUGUGUCUGUUGCAUUCUAGCUGAAAGGCUGAAGUGUGAGGACAUAUAGAUUGGCCCACCUGUCACUACCUACCAGCACUUCCAGGUGCCCCACCUGUUUGAGCCCACAGAUGGUAAGGGGAACUGCAGGGAAAGGAGGCAGUUGGGAAGAACACAGCCAAAGGCCAGGGGAGAAGGUAGGCAGAGUCCAUCCUUGUUCCUUUUGGAAACAUUCUGGAGCAGAAGGUGACACCUGUCAAAGGUAUCCAUCUAAUGAUACAAAGUCCAAACACAGUCAGAUCAAGUUCGGAUACAAACAUUUGCUCUUCCCAGAAGAGUUUCUUGGGAGAUUCACUGGUGCCUGCCUGAAGUCAGAGGCAAAGCUCCUGAAUUUAUCUGUUUUAUUGUCUGAUCACUGUUGUUUCAUUGCCUCCCCAUGGACUCCCCUCCAGUGUCUGGAAUGAGCAGGCUCUGGGUUGUGUUUGAUUGGUAGGUAUCUGUGCAGUGCACCACGAUAGUCUGUGAGGGUGGACCCUGGACACUGGGAGCUGGGACUGGAGGGGGACCUUCUUAGCCAGGAUGUCCUUGGAAGUAAAGAGCAUUCACAGGCUUCUCUGUAGCAGAGUGAUGCUGUGGUGAAUGCUCAGCAAGCCACUGAUGGGCACAGACCUCCAGCUCCCGAGUCUCCCAGCUGGAAACUGGCUGCAGAUGGCCUCCUGGCAUCUCUGCACAGACCGUGCUGCACUCUGGCCCAUCGACUGGGUAGGAAGGACCACAGAGGCUAACUGAGGCUUUGCUCGAAUUUUGGUUCCUUUACUUAAAUAUUGAGCAGUGGGAAUGAGAACGGGGUUAUAAAUAGAGUCCUCGGGAUCUGUCCCUCUUCCCUCCCUGUUGCUCUGUUGUCCUCCCAUGAAUUAUCUCCCAGAGACACUGAGCCCAGCUGCAGGUUCCUUGCAUUUGCGGCAUCAUCAGAUGCCAGGAUGGGGAGGGUGGUAGAGCUGACACAUGUGAUGGGUUUAGCCACUGCUGUUUGUAGGUGUGAUGGAUGCCUAAGAGGGUGACUUUGGUAUUGAGGUUUGUUCCUUGCUUUAUGAGCCUGAUGGCACUUUUUUUUCAAGGACUCUGCUGUGUCUCAGAUGGAGAGGCACUGGUGGUUUUGUUGCCCCAGGUUUUCUUACUGUAUUUCAUCUCUCUGCUGCUCUUUGGGAGGCAAACAUUUUUACCUCUAGACGUCUAUUCCUGGGAUAGGGGGGAGGGGAAAUGUGAGUUUUAUGAGCAAUUCCAGCCAGCCAAAUGAUUCUUCUUUCUUGAAUGACAUAAAGGGAUAAAUAGACUCUGUACCAUACCCUUUCCUGGGGCCCCCAAAACCCCAGGCUCUCAGCCACCAGCUGCUCUUCUAAACCCUUGGCUCCAUGAAGUGGCCCUCUGCCAGGGCACAGCCUAUAGCCUAAUCUAAACUGUGCUGGCUCUAGACCACGUUCUGUGCUAGGAAGCAGGGAUUGGUUUUUCUGCUCAUGUUUUUGUUGUAGUUCUUCCUGUUGUUCCUUUUCUCCAUUUUGCUUGGUUGCAACCAUCUUUUUUUUUUUUUUUUUUUUUUUUUUGGAAAUUGCAGUGUAGACAAAAGGAUGGCCACCUGACACUGAAUAAGAGGUGGCCUCUGGUUCUUCCCCACCCAGGGGAAAGAGCAGGUAUUGCUGCGGCUCUGCUUAGACAGUCAUUGUACCUGAAGGAAGCAAAGCAGGCUCAUUCUGAAGACGCCCGCUGAGCCUCUGCAAAACCAGCUUGAGGCUUCUAUGAGCCAGGCUGUGGAGGCCCCUGCCUGCCACAGUAUCUGGAGCAGGGCAGGAGAUGGGAUAAGGCUGCAACGGGCAAGUUGGAUUGAUUUCUGUACAGUCCUUUUCCCUUGCUUGGUGGUCAAGGACUAGAGCAUAUCCUAAAGCAGUGUUAGAAGUCAUUGAGUGGCAAUAGUGGGGCUUCCCUCAUCUGCUUCCUUCGCAUCCCUUGGGAGACAUUGUUCCUUCUGUCCUUAGUAAGAAUUCACCACUUGCAUGGUGGGGAUGGCAACAGAUUCUGUAUUGUCCUGCCACUGGUAGUCAACUUGACGACCCUCGGUUCGUUCCUUAGGGACCCCAGGCUGCUGCCAGUAGUUAUCCUUAUGUUUUCUCAUGGGACUUGUAACUUGGCAUCCUUGGCAUCUGCUAACAGCGAUGAUCAUCACAAACACAAUGUCUUAUGCUUGGGCAACUGAGGAGUGCCAAUUUUCUUCUUGCUCUUUGCUGAAUGGCACCACUUUCCUUCUGCCUUUGGUAAUACAUGCUGGUAUAAACGGGGUGAAUGCUCACCAAUGAAGAUUCAAGUGCAGGCACCGAGAGCCAAGGACUCUGUUCCCCAGAUUGCCUUUGCGGCAUGACCUUAGCCCCUCUCAGAUUUCCUGACUUGAGAUGCCACCAUCACAUGUUUCCCUCCCAAGGGCAAUGGCAGAAUGUGUCAGAGGAGCUCACCAAAGCACCGAUGGCUCCUGGCCAGCUGCUCGAGGAGGCUUCCUCCAUGCUCAUGGGAUGAGUAGCUCAAGCCAAAAGUGUGCUUCUCGCCCCUUGUGCCUUGAGGGAACUUUUUUGCUAGUCCUUCCUGUGGCUUCUGGGAAAGGAGGGACUGGAGCUGCCCUAGCGUGACUCAUGGGCCCCAGGGCCAGGCACGUGCUCAUGCUCUUUCAUCUAACUCCUCAGCAUCUGGUCAUGACAGGCAUCCCUCUGGCUGCCCCACCUCACCUGGCAUGUGUGUCGUAUGAAGUAAGAGGUUGGUGGCAGCUUGGAGAUGACUGACAGUCAGGCCAGUUUCUGGAAGCAUCUUUGGGACAGGGUCCACUUGCCUGUGGGGCAUGUGUCAUAGGGUGGGUCCUCACAAAGCUCCCUUUUCCACCACUACUCAGUGACAUAAGGAGACACCCUUGUACCUCCAUUCCUGACUUAGUCCACUUUGUCUCCACAGCCCCCACUUGGAACCCCUUCCCAUGCAAAGAAGACACCUCCUGAGGCAUGCUGAUUCUUUAAAACAGAUAGCAGUAGGGCAGGGAGGGCCUGAUGGCUGGUACUCUUCAGGGCUGAGAGAUGUGUCCAGACCGCCCCUCUGUGAAUACAGAAGCUUGACCUCUUCAUCAUUUGUUUCUUGGAGCCUGUGUCUUGGAGUCAGGUGCUUGUUGGGCUAAUCUGGAGGUCAGAAACAUCUGUUGCAUCUUAGAGAAUCUUAAAGGAACUGUGGCUACUCGCUGCUGUGGUGCCAGGUAGGUUCCUGCUGAGGGUUGUACCAGGGACGGUCAGUGUAGGGCAGAGAGAAAGCAGCCCCAGCACAGUGCCAGAAGUAUGGCUUUGCCAACAUCUCCCCGAAGCUGUGGACCCCAACUGUGGGCUGAAGAAAGUUCAGCCUUGCCCAUCUGGGGCUCCAAAUCCAGGUCUGACAAGCCUCACCUUGUGGCGGGCUGCCCUUUAGGGGGAGAGAGAAAGAGAGUGUGAGAGAGAGGUCAACAGUGUUUGAUGCCACCCAACCUAACCCGCCACCUGCCCCUCCUGUCUUCUGGGCCCUUGGUGACUUAGGUACUCAUCGCAAGCUGGCUCUCUUAAGCAAGUCAGCAUUCUCCCAGGUCAGAUCUCCAAAAGGAAUAAGUGUGUAUAUGAAAUGAUAGCCCAUUGCUGCUCAGCCCCCCUGGCUUUCCCUGGGCAGCGCUGCCUGGAAACUCACCAACAGUGCCACUGUUGGAAAGUGGGAGAUGGGAGCUGAUGAAGGCUGAUCCACAAGUUACCUCGUUAGCCUCAGAACCUCCCUCUUCGUCUGUGGAUGAAUUUUCCGUUCUGAUGAGCUGUACCCACUUCCCCAUCCAGGGUCCUGGAAGCUCAGGGGCUUCCUGCUGAGGGUCUGAAUGGGACAGUCACUCCUUGAGCCCAUAGGACUGGUUCUUCCCCAGUUUUGGUGCCUGUGGUUCCCUGUGUGCCCUGCUGGGAGCCUGCCUUGGGUCUAGAGCUGGGAGACAGAAAGCCCCCAGGUCUCCAGUCUUGUUUCUCUUGGAAAACAGUCCUGCUUCUCCCCUGACCCAUCUUCCCUCCAAAUUAGACCUUCCUGCCAGCUAACACCUGCCACCCACCUUCACCCAGCUAUGCGGCAGCCACUGGAUUUUUUUCCCCACAGAUUCUGAUUUGCUAAAAUAUGGCAUUGGCAUAUGAAUCUUACCUUGAUUACUGAUUGUUUCAGGUGCCUCUUGAAGUUUUGUCUCAUCCGCCUCAGCCCUGCCCAACCUGCCUGUCGCCUGGACCUGUGGAUAGGAUUUAGGUAUUGCUGUAAAGUCAGUUUUCUGUUUGGUCCCUACAAGCCCUUCUCCCCACUCCUGAAUGAGACAGUAGCACUGCAGGAGGGCCAUGUUUAAACCCUGGGCCUGUGACUAAGGGUGUCCUCCACUUGCCUUCUCCCAGCUCCUUUUUGGGUAUGGAUAGGGUAACUUCACAUGAUUUGUGGCAUUAAAGGAGAAGUCUGUUAUUUCUAAAAGUUUGUGGGAGAGCCAUGCAUGGUUUCCUCCUCAGCUGCCUUUCCUGGGAGGUCCUGCGUAGUGUUCCAAGGAAGGCAUGUGACAGUGGUAGAUCCAGUCCCUACAGAGCCCCAUCUGCAACCCCUUUGGAACAGGCAUGCCUUCUGGGAGGUGUGACCAGGUCUCUGCAUCCUCCCUGCCAGAUUUUAGGAGAGCUGGAGUGAGCGGAGGUGUUUUCAGUCCCUUACAUCCAUUGCAUUUUCCUGUAGUUUUUGACUCCCUGUCUCGAUCUUACUCUCAUCAUUGGCCUCCCAAAGCCAUGCUGGCCAUGGGGACUAGCAGUAGGAGACAUAAACUUCUGUGUGGGAGGCUGUACCUGGGUUGCUUCAGAAAGUCCCUGGAAAAUGAAAUGAGUGCAUUUAUUUCCUGCAAAAAAUGGUUUUUUUUUCAAAAGUAAGUCCAUGGGAAAAACUGCACAGGCUUCAAAAUAUUUGUAUGAAAAUAAGCAACUUUUAAUUCUUUUAAGUGUUUUCCUGUUUGAACACAGUGAUGGAGAAAGGUUUUUCCAUUGCUGACUCACUUCCUAAAUGUCCAUAGUAACCAGGGCUGGGCCAGACUGAAAUCAGGAGUCCAGGAUUCCAUUAGGAUCUCUUACCUGGGUGUCAGGGGCCCAAGUAUUUCCAUAAUGAUCUCCUGUAUUCCAGGAAGCAUUAGCCAAGAGGCUAGAUCAGGAGUGCCGCAACCUGGACCAAGUCCAAUACUGAUAAUGGAUGCUGGUGUGUCACGGCCCAUUGCAUUGCCCCUUUUAAAUCUGUCUUCCCAUGAGCUUCUUGAAGCAUCCAUGUCUGUCUUCGGACUCUGCAAUGGCCCCGGGGGGCUGGGUAUCACCUCAUCUAGGGAUGUGGUGGCUGAGCCCCAGUGGCUGUGUGCGCUGCCGAGGGUCACAGGACAGGAAAUCUGUUUUCCAGAGUCCUCCUCUUUCCUCUGAGUGUGUUUUGGGACCACUGCUCAGAAGAUAUAAUUAUCUGAGCGUGGGUCCACUGCAGCCCUGAGGUCACCCUAUGUCCCAGGCUAUGUGUGCCUUGGCUCAGUCAUCAUUGCCCAGGCCUGUGCCUGGACCUGGAGCCGCCCCAGGGCUCUGCUCACUUCCUGUCUGCUUCUGACUACUUUCCCAUGAUUCUUCAGGGAUUUGUUGCACAUGGGGCUUGAAAGGGGUCACUCCUGUAGCCCAUGUGUAUCUCCUGUGACAGCUUCGCCCUCUGUGCCCAGAUCCAUCGAGCUUGGAAGCCUCAGCCUAGCUCACGAUGCCUCGGACACUUGAAAUGGCUCUAGCCCUUUCGUCGUAGUUGGCUGCAGGCCCUUGGUACCUGGUUGUCAUAAGGAAAAAAGGGGAGGUAACUUGUUCACUGUCUCCUGUGACUUCCUGCACUAACCUUCCUGCACAGUCACCAAACACACACACUCAGCUAUCUAGGCUAAGCCUGCAUCUUGUAGAAGAUGGAGGGACGGAGUUGGAGAUGGGUUUUACUGAGUUUCAGAAAAGCUUUCUUUGGAAUGUCAGACCUUAGAGUUCAGGUAGAGUUCCCCGGAGUGUGUGCUUUGUUCCUCUGUAAUUAGCUGUCCGUUUUCCGCCCCUGGCUGUUCUCUGCUUCCCUGUCUUGUUCCCCUGCGUCUUUGAAUUCCCACGUUGCCUUGGGGUUUAAGUUAUUGUCUGUUGUCCACUAUUUAAAGAUGGAAAGUCCCAAAGGAAGCUCCUCAGGUUCUUUCCUUUGGCUUUUUUUUUUUUUCUUUCAAGGUACUGUAAAUUGUUAACUAGGGGUGCCAAGCAGGCUUGGUUCGAUGGUUAAACCUACUGUUGUAUUACAGUGGAAUGCUGAUCUCAGCCUGGUCCUGGCACCAGAGCACACAGAGACUUGAAUAAACUGUUACCACAAUGACGUCUGCUGUACUGGGGUUUGUUCCCUCCUUUCCUUUUGGGUUGAACUUGAUGUCCGAGAAUCUGGACUGUCUGCAGGGAAUUUUCAUAUGUAAGGGAACCAAAGAGACAGGUGUGCUGUGGGACAGAGGGGGGACUGUUGCCGAGCCCCCAGCUGGACCUCAGCAGUGUUUGUGCAC